AUGAUGAGAGUGUCGAUCUCUCGAGGCCCCCAGGGCCAUCACUGGGUCCCCCCGAUUGCGGCCCAUCACGAUCAUAGCCCCUCGGAUCCCGUCGACCAGAAGCACCAGGAACAUCCACCCCCUUUGAGUGGAAUGAUCCAAUGGCAGGCGCCCAUCGGGGAUGCGCGGGACUCCACCGAGCGAAAUGAAACUGACCCGUGCGAGGUUGUGCGGGUGGAGGAGGAGUCUAUUUCCACGGGUGGUCCAUGCAAGCUCCAGAAAGAGGUGGGCCGCCCCUAUUUGAAGACGCCAUGA